UUGACAUUUUGUAAAGCGUCACUGCGUCAUUGCCACAAUGGCGAAGAAAUUAAAAUAUUUUCGCUAAUAAUUCCUCUACCUUGAUACUCCUAUUCAUUGAAUUAAAGUUAAAGCAAUCAUAAUAGUUCGUACCAUAAUUAAAACAUGAGCAAAGGUAAUCCUCUAGGGCUCAUCGCAAAUUACGGCGACUCUGAUGAGGAAUCCGACGAUGGUUCUUCAAGACGUGUGCAAAGUAAGAAGAUGAAGGAGUCGGCGUAUGAGACCAGCUUCCCCGCGGCAGCUCAUGCCGGCAUACACCCGGCGCCGAUUGCGCAUUGCCCCUGGUCGGCCUGCUAUGACGAAAACAGUGGCUUCACAUAUUACUGGAACCAGCUGACCAAUGCAGUGACGUGGGAAGCUCCUCCGGAGUAUUUGUUAGCUCUCAAGCUGGCACAGCAACAGUUGCAUACUUCAGGUUCUACAGAGGUCUCAGCGGAAGAAUGGCAACUGUACCAACAGGCACUGGCUGAGAAACAAACUACACAGAGCAAAAUUAUAAAUAAACCUGUAGUUUCUAAAUCCUUCAGCAAGAAACAAGACCAAACUCCUGUGAAAGAAAAAUAUGUUAAGAAUAGCAAGAAGAGGCCUGUCAGUGAAGAUGAGGAUGAAAAAAUUGAACUUAUUACUUCCUAUCACAAUUCUGACUCAGACUCUAAUGACGAGUCAUUGAAAACCCCUUCGAAGACCCCACCCCUACCAAAACCACCAAGUAAACAACCAAUUCAACCUCCAAAAAAGCAAAAAACCAAACCAGUUGUACAAUAUGGACCACCUUUGCCACCAAACCAGAAUUACACUGUCCCCAUUGGACCAGAAUUGCCACCUGAAUUAGUGGUUCCAGAAAAUCCAAAAUCUCCACAAGCUAAGGCAGACAACACUGAUAAUACGGUUGAGGAGGAUACAAAAUCACAAGCAUCAUCACUUGAUGAAGACAGUCAAGAAGAACAGGAACUGUUAAAGAGAUUAAAAGAUAAAGCUAAACUUUUAGAGAAACUGGGUGGUGAAUUGCCAUCUGAAUUACAACAUAUAAUAAAAGAUGACUCACUGUCAAAUACCGCAUCUCCUAAACCAGACAUAAAAGAUGCAAAUAUUGAUAUUGAUGAUCUCUUGGAAGAAAUUGAGAAAAGCGAGCUUCCAAAAAUAAAAUCUAAGGAAAAAUCCAUAUCAAACGCCAACAGUGGAAACGUUUCUCCUAGAAGUAGUGGUAGUAGAACACCACCUUUGGAAGAACUAAAAGCUUUGUUGGAUACAAAUGCCAAUGGACCAGCGCAAAUCAACAGUCUGUUCCCAAGUGCUGCAAAUAUAACUGAUGUCAAACCAAUUUCAAGAGCGGAAACUCCACCUGUGGUUCAAGAAAAGGAAAAGGAAAUUACUGUUAAGAAAGAAAACAUUUAUUUAACAGAUGUUAAUGAACCAAAGGAAAACAUAAGUAAAAAGAAGUUGAGAAUUUCAAAUUCAGUGUUACCCGAACGAAAGAAAUCAGACAAAGUUGAUCUACCUUCAUAUACAACAAAGUAUUCUCAGUUCAUUGAAGGGUUUUCGAAUGAAAGAACUGGUUUAGGGUUUUCAAAGGGGAAUGAAGAGGACAGUUCUAGUAAAAGUGCUGGUACCAUAACCUAUGGGAAUGGUUUAACAUUCACAAAAGGUGAAACUCUUAAUGAGGAAAAGAAAGAUGAAGGUUUAGACGAUUUGACUGAUUUGCUUGAAGCAAAAUUGAAGUUCUUGAAUCAGGUGCAAACGAGCAUACUGUCGCCGGUGCAGGAGAUGACUAUACAAAUGCAGACGCUGCUGCACGCGUUCCGCGGCGGCGCGCUGUCGGGCGAGUACUGGCGGCGCUGGGCGCGCGCGGCUGACGCGGCGCUGCGCCAGCACGAGGCGGCCGCGGCGCCGCCCGGCUGGCUCUGCGUCUUCACGAGGUCGGAGGGGCGCUACUGCUACCGGCGCGAGUCGGACGGGUUCACCCAGCACGAGUACCCCGCAGUCACCAACACCGACAUGGACAUAUGCACCACACCACCGCACCCUGGCAGCGAGCCUAAGGAGGAGAUAAACCCCCCGCUGCCGCCGAUGCCGCCGCCGCCGCCGUCGCCGCAGUCCUGCUGGGGCUCGCGCGCCACGCCGCCGCCGCCCGGCACCGACCCGCCCGACCCGCCGCCGCCGCCGCCCGCCUACCCCGCGCCCCCCGCGCACCCAGCGCCCCCGGUGCCACCAGCACCGCCCGCGCCGCUCAUAUCCCAAGAGGCAAAGAAGGAGAUUGGCGACGAACUCAUGUCCUUCUACAACGAUAUAGCAGAGUUAGAGAAAACUUCCUCUGGGCCGACGGAGCCGAACUCUCCGGAAAUUCCGCCGCCGCCGCCUCCGCCCAACAUAUCGGAGAAACCUAAGGAGAGAAUCAAAGAGUUACCCACAGAAGAGAGAAGAGAAGUGCCGAAGGAAAAGCCCAAAGAAAAAGAUUGCAAAGAGAAAGUUGAAAAAAUUAAGAAGAAAACAAAGGUGAAGCUGUCAUCGUCUCUCGGUAUGAAGCAGAAGUCGGUCUCGAGUUUGGUCGCCAAGUGGCAGCAAGUCGCCGACGAGAUCGACUCCGAUUGAUUCUACUGACUACUUAUAUAUACAGUAUUCAGUAGUCAGUACUAUUGACUACUGACUACUGAAUACUACUACUGACUACUACUCCAUACACAAUGUACUUCCUUAACUAUAAAAUGAACUGAGAAUGAAAUUAUGUUUUACAAAGCAUUUGUUAAUUUUAAAAGUUACAUUAUUUGUUUUAAUCACAGAGUAACCAGAGUGAGUCUUUACAAGCAACGUAUUUAUAUAAUUUGUAUUUCAAAAUUUAACACUAAGACCACUUACGUAAAUUGAUAUAAUAAUCAAUAAUUAAGUACCAAUAAAUAAUACUCCAUCUUAUUUCUUUACUUUUUGUGAACAGUUAAAAUAUUUAAAAACAUAAGACGACAUUUUUCUUGAGUAAUUUGAAAAUUACUGAUGCGAUGGUUCAUAUCGUACUGACUCGAGAAUGUAUUACUUUUUGAAUUUCGUAUUCGGAGCGGCUACGACACCGUCGUGUUCCGUACGCGCUAUCUGUAUGUUAUUAAUUAAUCUGUGGUUUUAAUGUCAAAAACACUUAAAAAGAAAAUAAUUUCGAAUUAAAUGUCGCUUUUAUCCUACUUCAAAAAAGAAGGGGGUUCUUAAUUAUUCGGGAUCUUAUAUAAUACUAGCUAUGUCGUCAGGGCUUAAAGCUAGUUGCUAUAUAACCGGGAGUUCUGGGUUCGAUUCCCAGUGCGAAUAUAAUAUUUUCUAAAUUUAUUAUGUCAGAUGUAGGCCUAGCAUGCGUCAACAACAUAUCUCGUAAAGAGAAAAAAAUAUAUUUUCGACCAAUAGCGGCUAAGUUGUAGUAUCGCUCUCACUUCGUCCCAGAGUAAAAAGAGAGAGCAAUGUUUUCCAUAUAUCAUCUACCUGUAUAUAUUUUUUCCGCCGCUUUUGGUCGACAUUUGUCUUUCUCUCGUCUCGGGAUGUCUUGGUGUGUCUCAUAAAUAUUAAAUAAUUAUGAAUUACUAGCUGACGCCGCGCGGUUUUACCCGCGUGGUUUCCGUUUCCGUAGGAAUACGGGGAUAAUAUAUAGCCUAUAGCCUUCUUCGAUAAAUGACUAUCUAACACUGAAAUUAUUUUUCAAAUCGGACUAGUAGUUCCUGAGAUUAGCGCGUUCAAACAAACAAACAAUCUCUUUAGCUUUAUUAUAUAAAAAUAUAAAAUGAUUUAACGUUUUGCAAGCGAUUUACACAUAAGUGUACACUUAGCAUGGAUGUCAGUGGAUAUUUAUAUUAUGUAAUUGUAAAUAAUAGAUAAAAUUUUGUACUUCAAUGUAAAUGUAAUUUAAAUAAAUUAUAAUUAUAUGUAACAAA